UCUGUUUUAAAACUGUAAACCAAACUCAAAUCCGUUUUCGGACGCCCGCCAUGAGUUUCAGGCUUCGUGGGUUCGAAGCAACAGAUCUUAACCCUAAUCUGGACGCUAACUCUUGCGAGAAGAGAGGAAAACAAUCUAUUACCGAUCUCGGAGAUGGCAGCGAGGUUGUCUACGUCCCGAAAUUCUUGUCAGCGGAACGAGCGUGGGCUUGGUUUGACUAUCUCGACAAGGAGAUCCCGUGGACAAGGCCAUUGAUCCACGUCUUUGGAAGGUCUUGCCUCCAGCCAAGAGACACAUGCUAUGUUGCCAGUGAAGGGCUUACUGCUUUAAAAUAUAGUGGAUAUCAGCCACAUGCAUACACCUGGGAUGAAUACCCCGUGCUUAGAGACAUCUUGCAAGCAGUUCAUGAAGCACUUCCUGGAACUAGAUUCAAUAGUUUGCUCCUGAAUAGAUAUAAAUGCGGCUCAGACUAUGUAGCUUGGCAUUCUGAUGAUGAGAAAGUGUAUGGAUCCACUCCAAAAAUUGCAUCGGUUUCUUUUGGAUGUGAAAGAGAAUUUCUUUUGAAGAAGAAACCAGUCAAGAAAGAAGCCAGUAAUGCUUCAGAAGAGCAGAAACAUAAGCGGCUGAAGAUCUCUUGCCAAGACCAGCACAAGUUCCUCCUUAAGCAUGGCUCUUUACUGGUGAUGAGAGGAUAUACACAGCGAGAUUGGAUUCACUCAGUGCCAAAGCGUGCUAAAUCAGGUUCUGUUCGGAUCAACCUAACUUUCAGGCAGAUAGUGAUGUAGAUAUAUUCUACAACUUUUUUUUUCCUACUGAAAUCUUCUAAGUAGCGGGAGUAUUUAAUUCUGGUGUCAGUUACCGUAGUUUUGCAAUUGGCAUGGGUAAAAUUGACAUGCAAUAUAGUUUUUUUUUACAUAACUUAUGCUAAUAUAUCUAGCUAUAUUUACUAAUCA